AACACCUAGUAUCUUAUUCUGCUAACACCCUCACCUCCAUGCCGCUGCCCUUCCCUCCCCUCCUCGCCUUCUACCGCGGGAGCGGCCGGGAGAGCCGCCGCACCUCCCCUCCCUGCCUCCUUCCGUGGGAUCGGCCGGCAGCGGUGCCGCCCCUCCCUUCCCCGCUUUCUCCCCUUCCUCUCCACACCUUUUACCGCAACAGCGGGCUGUGCGGGUUCUUCCCCAAAUCACCAUCCCCAGAGCCGGCGUGCACCCGCCACCUCCUCCCAUGGAUCUGCACGCAUCCCGGUCGAUGAGGGCAACUAGUUCAAUGGUGAAGCUCGACCUUCCAGAUCCAUGGCAGCAGCUAUGAGGGCUGGCCUCACGGAGCAGAGCUGAGCUGCGCCCUUCCCAUGCUCUUCAUCGAUCUGCCCCGCCGCCGCGCCGGACGGCGCCGCCUUGCUUUCUCUCCUUAUUUUCCCUCCUUACCCUCACUCAAUCUCUCUCGUGCUGUACGUGAAGCCAUGGCCAUCUCGAAAAUCUUUUCCACCCGCCGCUGCUCUAGAUUCGGCCGUCACCAUGGUUUCUCGUGUCGGAUCCAGCCACCGUCAGCCAGAUCCGGCGCCUAGCUAGCUGCCCGGUUAAUUUCCGCCACCUCGCCGUGUCCCGCAGCACCGGGAGACACCGUCGUGCUCCCAUCUUCCACCCCUGCACCCGCAGCUGCUCAGGGCGUCGUCCCCCAAAUGCAGCUCGGUUGCCGCUCCCAUGCAGCUCGGGUGCUGCCUUCUCUCCUUUCCGCUCGCCAUGCUGCUUGGGGAGGAAUGGAGCAGCGACGGAGGAGCGCGCUCAUGGCGGGGGCAGAAGGGAACAGGUGCAGUUCACCCCACCAAAAGGAGCGCGACCGAGCUCCCGAGCCCGAUGUUGGCGAUUUGGCUUCCUCGUGCAGUUCAACAGUGCCACCAAUGACCCUCCCGCGACGACCAGCUGCAGGCAGUUUGGCCAGCAGCUACGGCGACCACUCUGCUCUCUCCCCCUUGUCCACAUGUGUUCAUUCACACAGCAGUCCGGCAGCUCCACCGGCGGCAUGUGCAGUUCACUCCAUGCGAGCUCAGAGAUGCUCGCGAUGCCGUUCGGAGCUUGUGUGCGUGCAAUACAGCGAGCGCCAUCUCUUCCCAUUGGUAGCUGGACCAUGGCCGUGCCACUCGGAGAUGCUCGCCAUGCAGUUAGGGGCUUGUGUGCAUGCAGUCGAGAGAGCACCAUCUCCAUCUCUUCCCAUGUGGUCCGUCGACCAUGGUUCUGCAGCUCGGAGACGGUCGCCAUGCGGUUCAGGGCUCAUGCGUGUGGAGUCCGGCAAGGGCCAUCUCUUCCCCUGCAAUCUGCCGACCAUGACAUGCAGUUUUGGCGACUCUCGCGUGCGGUUCAGGGCUCGUUCGCGUGCAAUCCGACAAGCGUCCGUGCACGUCAAGUGCAGCUAGCGUCCGUGCACAGCAGCGCUCUACCACAACAUUCAGAAAAAGAGGAUUCCCCGGUUUGGAAAAUGGAUAGCUCUCGAAUCUACUCCUCACAAUCGUUAUAUGCUGCUCUUAACUUGCGUGUGUGCUGUUAUGCUUGUCUUUAGCCCGGCUCUAUGGCAGCUUCAUGAUCCCCCUAGGUUGCAUGUGUUCCUCUUGCUGUAGCUGGUAGUAGCUCAUAAUUUUUUUUUUAAAAAAACGUGACAAUCUUGUAAAAGAAAAAGUAUCUCUAACGCUUUGUGUUUGUUGUGCUC